AUGAUAUUGUCAAAUGGUUUCAAAGUAUCAAAAGAUGUUAAAACACUGCAAUUUGUAAACAGUUUUUUUAACUUUACAGACAUAGAAAAAACCCUGAGUGUGGUUCGGAAGAACGUACGACCGUCGGAUAAUAACGCGGCCGCUUCCGAACUACUAGCGUACGCGUACGAAUGUAAAGGGGCCAUAGCGGCCGCUAAUUUAAUUAGUAGCUUCACUGACACAAUUAUCAUCAUUAAUAAGAAUAGAGAAAACCAGAUCUUAGGUCUGCAGCAGAAGAUUGAACAUUUACACAGACAGGUGACUAUGCUGAAUCUGAAGAUUCUACUACAAUCAUUCAUGAUCUCUUCAGAAGUGUACACAUCAUUGAAGAUCACUGCACAGGAUGAGAAUUCAAGCAUGAAAUAUAUCAAGUCAGAAGAUCUGUCAGAGUCACUAAGCUUCAAUGAUGACUGA